AUGAUUGUUGUCACGUUGUUGAAGUCAUUUAUGAUAUGGAUAGUUGCAAGUCAUGAAGUGCAAGGAGUUAAUCAAGGGUUUUUAAUCAUACCAUUAGGCGUGGUAUCAGUUGAAAAGAAUGUUUCGAUUCUUUUUGUGAUAAUUUCGCAAAAUGGAGUUUACGAUACUCGGAGAACAUCAGCGUUAUUCAGUUCGUUGAAGAAUCAAAUUCAAAAGACCAAAAAUCUGCGUGCUGAUAUUCUAAGAACAUAUGAGGAUCUUCCAGAAAUAACAGGAGCAUGGGCGGUGUGGCCAAUGCUAAAAUGCUUAUCAGAAAAAUACAAAAAUACAUUAUGGAAUUGGUUAUUUAUAUGCGAACCAGAUACAGCUGUGAAUGUUAGUGCUUUAAUCAACUAUCUGAAUUCUUUUGAUGGAAACAUCAGUUAUGCGAUUGGACGAGGACUAAAAGAUGAAGCUUAUACAAUAAUUCAUCACUUCUAUGAUUACAAAGAUGAUCAGGAAUACUUUCUAUAUCCUGAUUUUGCGGCUGGACUGGUUUUGUCGUGGACGUUGCUUGAAGAUUCUAAUACUCUCAAGUCAGAAGGUUUUGCUAUUGAUGCAAAGCACGAACUUGCAAGGAUAUUAAAAGAGAGACGUGGAAUCAAGUUAAACAACACUCUUUUCUUCUGUCUUUUAGAGAAUGAAUCACCGUGCAUUACACAUUAUAAUCAGCCGAACUUCCAGUGUGGUAAUAAUAUUAACAAUGAUGAUGUCUACUUUGCAAUCAAAACCUUCAGCGAGUACCAUAAAAGCCGAAUUGUGUUUGUAAAACGAACGUGGGGAAAAUAUGUUAAAUUUGUGGAAUAUUUUAGUGACAUUGAGGAUCAUUAUAUACCAACAGUAAAAUUAAGUAUUAAAAAUACAGAAAGAGGGCAUUGUGGAAAAACAUUUGGUAUAUUGGCACAUUAUUUAAAAAAUGAAGAAAUGUUGGGAACGAAGUGGUUAGUAAUUGCAGAUGACGAUACACUAAUAAGUGUCUCAAGACUGUAUGGCUUCCUUUCUUGUUAUGACACGAAGAAUGAAGUAAUAAUUGGUGAGAGAUAUGGUUAUGGUUUUAAUAUUCACGGCAAUAAAGGAUAUGAUUAUCCAACUGGUGGUGCAGGGAUGGUAUUUUCACGAAAGGCAGCAGAAAAUAUUGUAACCCACUGUGGCUGUCCGAGUAUUGAUUCACCAGAUGAUAUGGUUAUUGGAAUGUGCGCUCGACAGCUCAAUAUUCCUGUGAUACACUCUGCUGCGUUCCAUCAAGCACAACCACGUGAUUACUCGGAAUUGUAUCUGAGAAGAAUAAAUCCUAUAUCGUUUCAUAAGUUUACAGAUAUUGAUCCGUAUGAAGUUUACAUCAAUUAUUUACAUGAAACAUCAGUUCAGCCAGCCAGUCGUCCAGUCCAUAUAGAACUCUAA